GCAAAAGAUUGGAUGGAUAUUGAGAAGGGGAGGGGUCCUUUUUUUUUUUUUUUUUUUUACAUCACUGGGUGAAUUCAGAGGAAGAUGUUUUCAAGCCUGUGAUGCAUGUUUCAGAUGGGCUGGACAUUACAAAUGUUAAUAGGCUCAGCUGGGUGCUGAAAAAAAAAACACCAAAGGGAAAUUACACCAUCACCAAGCUGUAGUUGAAGACAGAAAGCUGGCAUUUAGGAAAGGACAGCAAGGUGGAAAAAGAGUUAUCUGGUUGGGGAUUAGGAAUCAGAGCAUGAGGGGACUCUGCUGAUUAUGGCAGUUUGACAAGAUGAUCUGUUGUUUCAUUCAAAACUAUCUCCAAGUCUGAUCAUCUCAAGGUUUUGACUAGGAAUGCCUGCAUCAAAUGAUCAGCUUCUGGGAACCUGCUCCACCAGUGAAGGAGAAUCAGUAACAGCAGUAGAAAACUGGACGUCUGAAUUUCAGCUUUCAUAGAACUGCAGGCAGCCGGCCACGGCCCAUCAUAUUCAAGAAGUGGAAAAAGAUGAUCAAAAUGAGGGGUGCGGUAAUGGCAACGCUGACAUGAGGCAUAGGUAAUUCAUUGUUCAUCGUUCAUCUUUUUUUUAUUUUAACCUUCUUUGGUCCUGGGAACACCAGACUUCGUACGAGACCAAAAAAAGGAAAAUACAACAUUAUUUCAAAGUUAUUUGCGCAUUUUGUUUUGUUUUAUUUUAUUUUAAAAUGGACCAAACUCUGUUCAAAGUUCUAUUGAGCUUACUCUGGAAUUAUUGGCUUUUAAUGGAUUAUGCUAAGGCGGGCAUGGGGGACAACCAUGUCCACUCCAGUUUUAUUUAUCGGAGAUUGCGGAACCACGAGAGGCGAGAGAUCCAAAGAGAAAUUCUUUCCAUCCUGGGUUUACCACAUAGACCCAGGCCAUUUUCAGCUGGAAAACAAGCUUCCUCAGCACCCCUCUUCAUGCUAGAUCUCUACAAUGCAAUGGCAAAUGAACAGGAUCCCGAAGAGUUGGAAUAUUUGGUGAGGGGAUCAUCCCCAAGUGGAGAGGGCAAAGGGCUACGGAAAGGCUACUUGGCGUCUCCAAAUGGAUACUCCCGAAGAAUAUACAUAUCACGGACAAGUUCACUGCCUACACAAAGUCCCACCUUAGCUAGCCUGCACGACACCAACUUUCUGAAUGAUGCAGAUAUGGUCAUGAGCUUUGUCAAUUUAGUGGAAAGAGACAAGGAUUUUUCUCACCAACGACGGCACUACAAAGAAUUCCGAUUUGAUUUGACUCAGAUCCCUCAUGGAGAAGCAGUGACAGCAGCAGAAUUUCGGAUUUACAAGGAUCGAAGUUACAGUCGAUUUGAGAAUGAAACAAUUAAGAUUAGCAUUUAUCAGAUCAUCAAGGAAUAUCCAAACAGGGAUGCGGACCUGUUCCUAUUAGAUUCAAAACGAGCUCAAGCUCCUCAUAUUGGCUGGCUUGUGUUUGAUAUCACUGUGACCAGCAACCACUGGGUGAUUGACCCACAGAAUAAUUUAGGGUUGCAACUCUGUGCAGAGACUUUUGUAGGUCGUAGUAUCAGUGUGAAAGCAGCUGGUCUCAUAGGCAGGCAUGGUCCUCAGUCAAAGCAACCAUUCAUGGUUGCCUUCUUUAAAGCAAGUGAAGUCCUUUUUCGAUCUGUCCGAGCUGCCAACCCUAAGAAAAAAAAUCAGAAUCGCAGCAAGUCCAGCAACUCACAAAAUACUUCAAGAAUGUCAGGUGUUGCAGAUUAUAACACAAGUGAACAGAAGCAGGCCUGCAGAAAACAUGAACUCUACGUGAGCUUUCGAGACCUUGGGUGGCAGGAUUGGAUUAUAGCUCCAGAGGGUUAUGCUGCAUUUUAUUGUGACGGAGAAUGUUCAUUUCCUCUCAAUGCUCACAUGAAUGCCACAAAUCAUGCCAUAGUACAGACACUGGUCCAUCUGAUGUUUCCUGAUCAUGUCCCAAAGCCUUGUUGUGCUCCAACCAAACUGAAUGCUAUCUCUGUCCUCUAUUUUGAUGACAGUUCCAAUGUUAUUUUGAAAAAGUACAGGAACAUGGUGGUACGAUCGUGCGGCUGCCACUAGGAUUCAAUUGCAAAACAGAGUGUCAUAAAGUGGAAAUUAUACAGUUAUUUUUGCAUGUUUCUUUUUUGAUGGUAGAGGAAUUGGAGUGACCAUUUCACAAUAUUUCUCCCAGAAGAAGAUCAGUUCAUUCCGACAGUAUCCUGGAGCGGAAGUUCUUCCUAUAUGGAGUCCGUCACACCACCAACUGGACUGCAACCAGGCACUUGCCACCCCCCUCCCCAUCCUCUAGGUACGGCUUCGUUUGUAAGCAUCUGGGGAAGGAAAUGUGGCUGUCACAAAGAGCAAGAAAAUCAUAACUAACAUUAAGAUAAACCUCUCCAAAGGGGAUUUAUUUAGGGAGAUAAGAAAAUUAAAAGACAAAAAAAAAGAUAGAAAAAAUUCUAGCUGUAUAAUGUUGAGUAAGGCCAAGAAUUUCCUUUUUGUUUUUUUAAUGGAGAAAAUAAGGAUAUUAGGUAACUUAAUCCCACUGAUGUCACAUCUCUUUUCGUGUACAGUAUAAUGUACAUAGUAGCUUUUAUUUAUUUAAAGGUAUAUCCUUUCUUUUAUAUGAAUGUCGUUUCAAAUGCUUUAUUAUAUAGGUUUAUAUAUAAGUAGUAGAACAUUGAAGGCAAAUUUUUGGUACCCGUACUGAGAUUUAUUUCAUUUUAUAAAAUAAAGCUUUUGUAUACUCUCUUUCCACUCUCCCUCCCUCACCUCCUUCCUCUCAAGGUAAAAAAUCCAGAACUCCUGUGACUAUUUUAUAUUGUUAAAGGAAAUUGAAUACAUUUGGCUACAUUGUGCCAAUGAAAACUUUGGUGGGCUAUUUAUUUAGAGUAAGCACUGAGAACAUUUUUUUAAAAAUGCUUAGCUAAACACAAUUUUCCUUUUAGAAGUUCUGCCCCAUUAGGUAAAGUAAGUUGAACUGUGUUUAAAUAAACAAAUGGUAGCUAAAUGCAGUGGGCUGAAAGAUUGCGCACAAUUGUUGGGGCUAUUUUCCCUAGAAUAAUAGUGUAACCGUAGGAACCAUAAUCUCCUUCCCUUUGCUUGUGGGUUGCAGCCCUUCCUGGAGGCAUGAAACUUUGGGCAUUCUGCCAGUUGCCCGUGCCCAAAAUUUAGGUCUGACUUUGUGCGAUGGGAGAGGGAGGGGGGGAAAUAGAGUACAACCUUUUUACCUCAGGUAGAUGUGAUUGGUCCAUCAUCUCUAACACGUCUGCAAAAUGUGUGGUUCUUAGUAUAUGAACCAGCCUCCUCUCUAAGCCACAGAUCAUGAGACAGAAAUGCAUUCAAUUUCCACUGGGCAUUAUGGAAUUUAAGCAAACAUUCCGUUAAUCUAUUCCAUGAACAUUACUACUCUAUCCAUAUCUUCUCAGAAGUAAGUCCCAUAGAGUUCCAGGGGAUCUGCUGCUGGAUAGAGCUGAGCUUGGUUGAAAACAGACGGCACAGUUACUUGGACUUACACUGUAUUUCUCUCCUUUAAGCAAUAUUUAAUAAGACCAGGGGUCCUCAAACUUGACAGCUUUAAGACUUGUGGACUUCAACUCCCAGCUAUGCUGGCUGAAGAAUUCUGGGAGUUGAAGUCCACAAGUCUUAAAGAUGCCAAGUUUGAAGACCUCUGAAUAAGACUGUUAUGGUAUAAGGGAAGCAUAGAAUAAUGGGCUCAGCUGUUUAUCACAUUUAAUAAGAUUCCGAUGGUAUGGAAUAGGGAAAUACAGAAUAAUGUGCUCAGGUGUUAUGCACACUUUAGAGAAAUGAAUUUAUCUCUUUUUUAACAGGGUUAAAACCUUGAUAUAGAUUCUUAAUUUUGUUACCUUAAAUCCGUUGAAAUACUCUUGUGCUGUAGAGAGACAUAAGGCAUGUAUUGCCUUUGACUCUGUUUUGACUCUGCCCAUGAAGUUGCCAAAAGCAGAGUUUGAUGUGAGGACACUUUUAUCCUAAUUUAUCACAGUUUUAAUUAAACUGUAGUGCACAUAUUCCUGCGGUACAUGUAGCCACUCAAUGUCAUCUCGAACCCCAAGAUGAGUGGCUUAUAAAUUUGAUAAGUAAGUAAAUAAAUCCCUACUGGUAUCUCCUCCAAAUUGCUGUUUUGUCAGCCCUCCCAAAUAAAUUAGAUAGGAAACUAGACUAGAUUCUACUCUAUUGUAAGUCUACUUUAACAGAAUCUUGCAAGUCUGACAGUAUAAACUUUCCACUGCCCCUUUUAAUUGCUUGAUCCAUUAGAACUGGUCCUUCCUAAGUUUCUUUCUCAGACCAUUAAGCCACUGGAGGCUCCUGCCUCUCUUAACUAAUUGUUUCCUAGGCAGCGUCUCUUCCCCUCUUAUGUCAUUUACACAUCCCAUUACAUGCUUUAAGAAAUGGUUAAAAAUAAUUUGGGAAUUGUUUAGAAAGAAAACGAAUUUGUUUAGGACUUAAAUAGAAGAUUAUGGUAUUUGGAGCUGAAUUUAUGUUAAAUAAAGGUUGAAGUGUAUUUGGGGGGGUACAUUAAAUAAUAUAUUUUGGAAUAAAGGUGUACCAUUUUAAGUACAUGAAAUGGAAGAUUAUAUUAUGUCCUGUUGAAAUACAAGUCUAUAUUUUAUAACCUAAUAAACCUGAAAUACUAGCUGGUUUGCUGUGCCUUUUCUCUUGGAUUACAUUAUCUUGAUUUAGAAGUAUUGUGCUCACUCAAAACAGCCCUUUAUAGGACUUCCGGGUGGCUCCGCUGCGCUAAAUGGCGGGCAAUCUCAGUCCGCCCGUUCUUUGUGAUUCUGUGAGAGCUGUUUAGACAGCGUUAAUCUGCUGUCAACAGCUCGUAAAUCUCUACCCUCGGGCAAGGAGGGGGAUGAUGAGCAUUUGAGCUGAAGUUGAGCCCCCAAGAAAAGCCCCAGAAUGAUUUCUGGUGGUUUGAUGGGAACGCUCCUUCUAUAGCUCAAAAAAAGCUCCAGAAUCCAGAACGCCUCUGCAAAAGCAGAGCAAAACGCAGCGUCCAUCUCCGUGACUGAAGAGGAUUAUUGAUAAAUUGUCAACACGGAAAGAGCCGAAAGCAGGAGGGCUGGCAUUUGUUUGUAAGAUGAUUUUAACUCCCUGACAGAGAAGUU